UAUUUGAUUCUUCUCUCAAUCCUGAUGCAGGUAUUUCAGGUAUGAUUGCUUCUGUUUUACAGUAAGGGAUCAGAUGUCAUGCUUAAUCCUAAACCUUCAGAGCAAUCUACCAUGUGUGAAAGACACUGUGCGAAGACAUUCUCUAAACUUUCUAUGCAUAUAGAAGGAAUGCCCUCUGAGAUCUUACUGAAGAUAUUUUCUUACUUGGAUGCUGUUACCCUUUUGUGUAUUGGCUGUGUGAACAAGCGCUUCUAUUCUUUGGCCAAUGACAAUUUUAUUUGGUUCAGAAUCUACUCCGCUUCUUUUUCUCCUAAGAGAUCAAACUGGGAAGUGAAUACAGUAGAAAAGACAGCUGCAUCUUUGAGCCAAGCAUCACUUCAUGACAAGGAAACUGGGUACUGGAAGAAAAAAUAUAUUGUGAAACAAAUAGCAGCUGGUAAAACAGCUGUAACUCAGCUUCUCAAACCUGUAAAUCCAUACACAGGUCUGCCAGUGAAGACCAAAGAAGCCCUCAGGGUAUCUGGAUUGAGUUGGGUGAUUGUGUUAAAGGAGAAAAAUGGGAAGGAGUACAUUAUGGAGCAGGCUGAAUUUUCUGUGAAUGACACAUCUGUUACAGUUGUUUGGCAUGGGAACAAUUGGCCACGUAUAGACAAGCUGGCAACACUAGAUUUAUGUGGUGUGACACCAGUUUUUUUGGAUCGCUAUAAGGUCCCCACCAAAAAUGGACCUCGAAGGCGUUCCUUAGUUGCUGAGUACAAUCUGACUAAUCUAACUAAAUCCACCUCGAUUGGCUCUGACAGACUUAUUCGGACCUUCUGCUUAAAUCCCGGACUUCUAGUUGGUCUGUGGAAGAAAGAGAAGGAAAUGGCUUUUGUUAUGGCGAAUCUUCAUUUUCAUCUACUGGUGGAGAGAAGCACUUUAGGCUCAGCCACUGUCCCUUAUAUGCUGCCGCCUCACAUUCCUUUUCUGGAUGACAUUGACCAACAAUAUGGACUACAUGGUUAUCAGCUCCAUGUUGACAUGCACAGUGGUGGAAGUUCCUACCUAUGUGGUACCUUUCGUAAUCUCUUCAGCAGGAAAGAUUUCAUUAAAAAUGGAUACAUGAAGCUCAUCGUUAUAAGUUUUAAAAACAACGCACAACAUUUACCUCUCAUUGGAAAAGUUGGCCUCUGUUGGAAAACAGAUGUUUUUGCUGGUUGUAUACAGAACUGUUAUAUGAUGGAUGUAACCCUUUUGGAUGAAACAGAGAAACCAUUUUGGUGUUUCAGUUCCCCAGUUUGCAUGAGACCUGCCACCAGACCGUCUGACUUUUUUAAUUACAGAGGACGUCACUUUUAUGUAACCUACAUAGACCCAGUAGGAAAAGUGAACUUGGAGCUGGUAUGGAUGGAAGAGACAGAAGAAUACUACGUUGUUAGCCUGGCUCUUUACCUAAGAAUAGAAAAAGUAAACAGUUGGUUUGGAACAAACUACUGACCAUCAACCUGGCAGGAAAUUAUUUUGUUUCUUAUUAGUUUUUGUUGUUGUUGUUGUUG